AUACACACAAGACGCUCCCUACCAAACGGAACGAUUUAAACGCGCCCUUCGGUCGGCUUGGAUGUACUGGGGUCGUGGGCUUCGCGAACGUCAUAUCGACGCAGCUUUUGACAUGCUCGCAUUUAGCCGCAUUUGCGACGGGGACGUCACUUUUCUUAGCUCACACUCAGAUUCGCGGGACAUAUCUGUAAAAGGCGAGGGUCGUUUGUGUUCACUGUGCUUGCGAACCUCGGAUGUCAUUUCAGUACACAAUCGCCAAAGGGCACGCAGCUAGCGUGGCGCCUAAAGACAGCUGGUGACGGUUGAAGUCGGCCUUGAUCACGCAAAAAACAAGAAAGUUGUUCGUGUUGUCAGACUAUGCCCCUUCCGGAGCCGUGGAAAUUUAAUCUGAUUUGCAGUAUGUGCACGUAGUGAUUAUUUUUUGUAAACAACAGAUGUGAAAUUAGCUCGUAAAACCAAGUCAGAUUCCAAUUUUUUUAACUGCAAUUGUACGUUGCCAUUCAGUUAGUCUUGUCGGCCGCGAUUUACCCGAUCAUAGGAGAAGAGACGGAGUAAAAAACCAGGAUAUAUCCGCGUCAAUUCCAAAAUUAGAAGAUUAAGACAUCGUGUGCCAUUUAUGACGAUGCGAGUAAAUGAGUUCGGAUUUUUGCGUCGGGGAAGCUAAUCGGUAACAUGCGAACUCACUAGGGUCGCGCUGGAAAGAAGAAAAGGAAACUUGGAUGGCCAUGAGGUCAGAAGGCGGCGACGUCGCCGCGGUUGGCAUUAAUAACCAUGCAGACGUUGAGCGCGAGCUUUGGUCGCAUGGUGUGCGUGACAAAUCCGUCGAUGGCGCGGUAGACGGCGGUGCAAAUCCCCAAGACAAAUGUCAUCCAGAAAGUGGCUGCACCGGUUGUCCUGCCGAUAACCAGGAUGUGGCUCUUACAGAUGACUCGGACGCGGUCGAUCCAAAGUGGAAGCGAUUCUCCGAGUGGAUGCAUUGCGUGUGCCUAGUAACAUUUGAUCUCGAGUUGGGCCAGGUCAUGGAGCUGAUUUAUCCAAAACACGUGACCUUGUCGGAGCAGGAGAAGACAAAUCUAUGCUAUUUAGCCUUUCCUGAUUCCAAUUCCGGUUGCAUGGGUGAUACCCAAUUCCAUAUUCGUCUACGAGUAGCUCCGUGCACUGGUGACACGCUUCUCAACGCCACUCAACGUCAAUUCAACACGCAAUGCAUACCGGUUCAACGCGUUGAUCCUGGGCACUACUGGGGAUUUGUUUACUUUCGUCAGACGAAGGAUACAUCGCUUCCUCGCGGAUACUUUCAGAAGAGUUUUAUCAUAAUGACGAGGCUUCCAUUUUUCAACCUAUUCUACGAAAUGUGUUCGCUGUUAGCUCCAGAAUAUUUCCGUGAGGGUAUCAGCGUCUUAGAGCGAGCGUGUGAUCAAAUAUGCCAGUGGCCGUCGUUACAAGCCGGUCAAUCAUUGUCCUUACCGCUGUUAAGAACAGUAUAUCAGACAGUUCUAUCAAAAAAUUCUAGUAAAUUCCAUUGUACAUUUUCGGUGCCCACUAGUAGUAGCAGUAGCCGUAAUAACAGUAAGAACGCUUCGGAUGAUGAUUUAGCAGGAUGUUGUGAAUCAAAUGAAAAUCGAAGUGAAAAGACUGAUGCCACAGCAAGUGUACAUGGCCCGUCCCUGCCUCCACAGGUGUUAACUUCCGUUCAUGAAAUCGAAAUAUUUCGAAGUCUGUUUAGCGUUAUAACGCAGAUUCAUUUGCUUUGGGAGUUGGUGCUUAUUGGUGAGCCCAUUGUAGUAAUGGGCACCUCACCAGAUGAUUGCUCAUACAUGGUGCAGUCACUUAUCUCGUUGAUUGCACCCCUUGCAUAUUGUGCGGAAUCUCGUCCAUAUUUCACUAUACAUGAUAGUGAAUUUAAGGAAUUUACACAACGACCCGAAGGCCCGCCGCCCAUUAUCAUUGGCGUGACAAACCCAUUCUUCAACAAGCCUCUGCAGAAUUGGCCACACAUCAUCCGGUUGCAUGGACAACAGUUGCAACAGUCCUCCUCGCCAGUUGGCUUACUUACUGGCACCCUAGUCGGAGUCGGAGAUGGCAGUAAUAUUGUCACGACCGCUACCGCCGGUGGUGCAAGUAAAAACUCAUCAACUGGAUCAAAGCUCCGUAAAAUCAAAUCAUUUAGCGGCUCUAAAUCGACCGAUUGUUCGCCUGGAGUCUACACUAAAUAUAAACCGUUCUUACAAAAGGACAAAUCUGUUAUAAAGAAAAUCCUACACGGCGUUAAAACGAAGAGACCGGCAUCAGUUCAGUCCGCGCUACUUAGGCGGUAUCUGUUGGAGUUAACUCAGAGUUUCAUGAUACCAUUGGAACGGUAUAUGGCAUCGUUGAUGCCCUUGCAGAAAGAUAUUAGUCCAUUUAAGGCAGCUCCUAACCCCAAUCAAUUCAAACAAGACGAUUUCUUAUCUAAGCUGGAGCAAGCUGGGCCGCAUCUAACAUCGCCACUGAAAGGUGACUGGGAAGGUCUAUAUAAAAGAUUUUUCCGUUCGCCAAAUUUUAAAGGAUGGUAUGAAAUGCGGGAAUUGGAAUUGCGACAAACCCUCCAAGCACUUCAACUCCAAGCACUUUCCGAUGCGGAUCUGAACCUUUGGGCUCAAGGAAAACACGAAGUUGAAAUUGUGGAUAUGAUACUUAAACUAAAACAAAAACUUCAAUUGUACAGUAAUCCGGAUGGGUGCCAAUGUAGUGGUGGUCAUAAAUGCAGCAGUAAUGGAAGCAUCGGGAACAGUGGGACUAGUUCAACCAGUGGGGUUUGUAACGAUCCCAAUAGGCAUUUAAUUGAUAGUCUGCUCUCAUCGAACCAUGCUCUUAAAAUUUCAAUACGUAAGCAACUCAUGCAGCAUUUGGAAAGCAUGACACAGACACUACCGGACGAUCUUAGAACAAUUUUAAAAGAUACCUGAAUGUUCUUAUCAUAUUAUUUUUAAUAUAUAGUAAGCUGUUCUGACGUGUAUAUAGGAGAAUAUUUCGAGACGGAAGAUAGGGAUAUCGCUGUUACUUGCUCGUAAUUAAUAUCAAAGCAUCUGACCAGUUCAAAUUCAGUUCUUCAAAAUGAAACAAAAUUGACAUAAAGUGAACAGAAUUAAUGUAAAGCCAAGAAAACGAAUCAAACGAGAGAUCUCUAGAGAUACUAAUGGAGCAAUUCAAUGAAAUUCUAUUGAUAAACGGACAAAAAUCCUAAAUCCAUCUAAA